AUGGAGACCAUUUGUAAACUUACCGACAACUGGCCAGUGGAAUGGAAUGCGGGAAGCUCUGGUGGAGCCUUGACACUCCGCCCCGGCCUGUUCCAACACUACCACAACGGCGUCACUGAAUUGCUUCCAGUUCUCUCUGUAUUUCAAGCCAAGAAUGCCCGCAGCUCCUCGCCAAUUGUCACGCGCAAGUCACAGGAUCUAAUACCGAACGUUUCUGGCUAA